AUGAUUUCGCAGAUAUUUGAGACAACGGCACUAGAUCUGCUCCGGCAGGACGGCACCACAGUGGCGGCCGCCACCGCCCUGCAGGGGAAGAAGUAUGUGCUGCUGCUCUUUUCUGCCAGCUGGUGCCCUCCGUGCCGUAUAUUCACGCCACAGCUCGCAACGUUCCACGAGUCAUUUCACAGGUCACACAACUUUGAGGUCGUCUUUUUCUCACAGGACCGCGACGAGAGCUCAAUGUUGGCGUACUUCUUCAACCCCAAGUAUAGCCGGUCGGCCUUCCGUGGCGGGGAGGGCUCACAUGGCAACUGGCUGGCGGUGCCCUAUGCGCAGGCCAAGACAGUGGGGGCGGCGCUGAUGCGGCGGCACAAAAUUCUCGGCAUCCCGACGGUGCUGGUGUUCGACCUGGAGAGCGGCGAGCUCGUGACAGGCAACGCACGCAACCUGGUGGUGCAGCACCUGCAUACGGCGGAAGGCUUUCCGUGGGCCGGCAGCGCUGAAGCCGAGACGCAGUCCUCUGCAUGGCAACAUUUGGUGGCAAUGCUGGUCUUCGUAGUUCUGUAUUAUCUCUGGCGCUGA